ACCUCCAACCAGCUAACAUCGGACUACCCAUUGAGAGGGAGGGACGGAGGGAGGGAGGGAGAGAGAGAGAGAGAGCUCGCAUCGUGAAAAAUGUCGAUCGCCGCCAGUUGCAGGCCCUCUAAUAACUCUCUCGGUUUCUCCGAUUUCAAUCUCACCCGUUCAUCUUCAUCGUACCAACGCCGAUCUCCUACCUUCGCCUUGACAAGCCUCCGCACCGCCGCUUCCCCCACCGCCGCCACCACUCUCUCCUGCCGCCCCAAUCACAGCCCUAGGCUCCCGGUUUUGGUGUUUUCCGGAGGCGACGGCGUCAAUGGCGGAAAUGGGGGUCGCUUCCCCGGCGGCGGAGGGGGAGGCGGCGGCGGCGGCGAGGGCGAGGAACGUGGUUUCGGUGGGAACAAGGGGGAGGCGAUUCUCGCGUUGGCGGAGAUGGGGCGGUCUCUGGAUAGCAUUCCCAAGGACCUGGCGGCCGCGAUCGAGUCCGGCAGAAUACCGGGAUCCAUUGUUCUACGGUACUUCGAGCUGGAGAAGUCGCCGUUGUUGCGGUGGCUGCUUCAGUUCGGUGGAUUCAAGGAGCGGUUGUUGGCUGAUGAUCUGUUCUUGUUCAAAGUCUUUAUGGAGUGUGGCGUUGGGAUGUUCACCAAGACUGCUGCAGAGUAUGAAAGGCGAAGAGAAAACUUCUUCAAGGAGCUGGAAGUUGUUUUUGCAGAUGUGGUGAUGGCUAUAAUUGCAGAUUUCAUGCUGGUCUACCUCCCUGCUCCUACUGUUUGUCUCCGUUCACCUAUUGCAGUCAAUGCUGGAGCUAUAGCUAAAUUCUUCCAUAACUGUCCUGAUAAUGCAUUUCAGGUUGCUUUGGCUGGAACUUCAUAUUCAUUUCUCCAUAGGAUUGGUGCAAUAGUGCGUAAUGGGACAAAGCUUUUUGCAGUUGGUACCGCUUCAUCAAUGGUUGGGACAUUAGUUACCAACGGCUUGAUAAAUGCUAAGAAGGCUGUUGAUAAGUCAUCUGCUGAAGAAGUCGAGAAUGUGCCUGUAUUAGCUACUAGCGUUGCCUACGGUGUCUAUAUGGCGGUGUCUAGCAACCUCCGGUACCAAAUAUUGGCAGGGGUUAUCGAACAACGAAUCUUAGAACCCUUGCUGCACAAACACAAGCUAAUGCUGAGUGCAGUUUGCUUUGCUGUCAGAACCGGCAACACAUACUUGGGUUCAUUACUAUGGGUGGACUAUGCACGCUGGGUGGGCAUUCAAAAGGCACAAAAGCAUCUUCAGGAAGUGGAAUAACCGCUUCAUUUCUUCUUGAUAGUUAGGUCAGGGAUAUUAUUGAUUGGGUUCUUGAGUGUUAUAUAUAUAUCUAUAGGCCUGCCUUUGGAUUACGUUCUCUAUGCUUGGGCUUGGUAUGAGAUAUUAAGUGGCUCUCGUUGCCAACAAUCGACGUGUUAAUUGGAUCA